AUGUUCAGCUUCAGUAGCAGGACUCGCAAUUACGCUAGCGCUGACGACAAACUCACCAUAAAGGAGAGCUGGUACUUAAGCAAAGCGGUCCAGUUCGUCGCGCUUACUGCCGUUGUGGUAAUCGCAACAUCCAUCUCAGUUCCGCUUGGCGUGUGUCUCGGUGGCAAUGACCGUUGCGGCAGGUCAGAAGCACAUCGGCCAAGCAACACAUCAACUUCGCUGCCACUCUUGAACGAUGCCGCUGUCGCGAUUCCGGAAGCAUAUCCCGCAGCGACGCAUCCACCAUUGACCGAAGAUGCGAAUCCGUUACUGUUCCAGGCUUUUGAGUGGUACAUCCCCAAGGACGGAAAGCACUGGACGCGCCUGACCUCGAUACUUCCACAACUGCAACAGAUCGGCAUCGGAGCGAUCUGGAUUCCGCCUCCGACGAAGGCAGCAACAGAGGGCAGCAUCGGCUACGAUGUCUACGAUCUAUGGGACCUGGGCGAGUUCGACACUCACAACCGGACCGCUACAGCGAUGGGCAACAAGAGUGACCUGCUCGACCUCGCACAGGUCGCUCACCAGUGGGGAGUCGGUAUCGUUAUCGAUGCAGCCCUGAAUCAGCGGUCUGGCGCAGACUACAUCCAAUCAUGCGCGAUCACUCGACUGAACCCUGACAACCGCCUGCAGCCCAUCAACCCGACCAAGAUGGCGGAUGUGUGGGUAGGCUUCAACCACACUGCUCGAGGCAAUCACUACAGCAACAAGACAUGGAGCUGUGACGACUUUACCGCUGUCGACUACGAUGCCAGUGCCAACAACAACGGGCUCUUCAAGAUCAACGGCCACGACAACGACUUUGCUACCGACGUCUCGACCGAUAAUGGCAACUUCGACUAUUUGCUGCUGGCUGACGUGGCGUAUGACAAUCCCGCCGUCAUUGAGGAUGUCAAGACAUGGGGAACGUGGAUCACAGGCCAACUCGGAGCAUCGGGCUUUCGAAUGGAUGCGGCCAAACACAUCUCCAGGAGUUUCAUGAAGAACUGGAUCAGCGGUGUCAACUCUGCCAUCAAGACUCCGUUUCAGAACCCACCAGUCGUUGCUGAGUACUGGACCACCACGCUGUCGGAACUGCUUGGCUACGUUGACGAGAUCGGAAACGCGGCGCGUGUCUUCGAUGUGCCACUUCUUGGCCAAUUUGCCGCUAUCGCCAACGGUGAGGCUUCCUUAACAACCAUGUUCCAAGACUCCGUCGUGUCUACACAACCCGACAGCGCUGUCACGCUCGUCGGCAAUCACGACACCCAACUCGGUCAAUCUUCCGCAAACCUAUACGUGCAAGACUGGUUCCGGCCCGCAGCAUAUGCAUUCAUCCUACUGCGUCAAGAAGGCACGCCUUGCAUGUUUUACGGCGACGUCUAUGGCAUCUGUGACGCCAACGGCCACUGCAACAAAGCAAAUCACUCUGAGUCUGUGGGCAAGCUAGCCAUAGCAAGGACGUAUUUCGGGUACGGACAGCAGCACGACUACAACAGCACCGACGUGUCGACUGUCGGCUGGACGCGGCAGGGUGAUGAGAAGCAUACAGGCGGGCUCGCGGUAAUUAUGUCAAUAGCACGAACAGCUCCUGCUCCGAUGACCAUGAAUGUUGGCUCGGAACACGCCGGCGAGUCUUGGAUCGACAUCUUGGGCAAUGCCAAAGACGCAGUUGUCAUCGACGCCGAUGGUGCUGCGGCAUUCACGUCACCGCCGCAAGGUGUCAGUGUGUUCGUUAGCGAAGUGCGAUGGAGCAACCUGUCAAUGCCGGACUGGGACUUCGACAUUUACGGGUAA